GAGUCGGCGGCGAACGGCAGAAACACACACACACGCUCUCUCUCUCGCGGCGGCGGAAGCGGAAGCCGGCCGAGCGAGCAGGAGCGCCGCCGGCGGCGAUGGGCGACAGCCAGUACUCCUUCUCCCUCACCACCUUCAGCCCGUCGGGGAAGCUGGUGCAGAUAGAGCACGCGCUGACGGCGGUCGGGUCCGGCCAGACCUCCCUCGGGAUCAAAGCUGCUAAUGGAGUAGUUAUUGCCACCGAGAAGAAGUUGCCUUCUAUUUUAGUGGAUGAAACGUCUGUGCAAAAGAUUCAGGCGUUAACACCAAAUAUUGGUGUUGUUUACAGUGGCAUGGGGCCAGACUUCCGUGUUUUAGUGAGGAAAAGUCGAAAGCAAGCACAGCAAUAUUAUCGGUUGUAUAAGGAAACUAUACCUGUUACACAGCUAGUCCGAGAAACUGCUGCCGUUAUGCAAGAGUUUACACAAUCUGGUGGUGUAAGACCAUUUGGUGUAUCAUUGUUGAUCGCUGGGUAUGAUGACAAUGGCCCCCAACUGUACCAGGUUGAUCCAUCAGGAUCAUACUUCUCCUGGAAAGCAUCAGCCAUGGGGAAAAAUGUGUCAAAUGCAAAGACAUUUCUUGAGAAGAGAUAUACAGAAGAUAUGGAGCUUGACGAUGCCAUUCAUACUGCUAUUUUAACUCUGAAAGAAGGAUAUGAAGGGCAAAUAUCUGUGGACAACAUUGAAAUUGGGGUAAUCAGAUCUGACCGUGAAUUCAAAGUUCUGAGCCCCGCAGAGAUCAAAGAUUUCUUGGAAGAGGUGGAGUAAUUUUAGUCUCGGCAGUUUCUGUUUCAAACCAGCGGACACCUGAGCAGCUGCCUCCCAAAAUUUAUCCUCCUUCAUUCAUGAACUUAUACGAGAUAGCUGUUUAUUCAAAUUCUCGUGAAUGAUGUGUUUUAGGAA